AUGUCGUCGACUGAGAGUGAUAUUUCUGCUUCCAUUUCGGAUUCAAGCGAUUCAAGUGAAUAUGUUUUUGGUUCCCGAUAUUUGCCAUACGAAGGUGAGCCAUUAGCUGCUGUUGGAGACGAUAUAACUGAUGAAUUUUGCAAGGAAGCGACCAAGGAAGCCGAUCUGGACGGAUUGACGCCAGCCAUUCUUGAGUCAAGAUAUGAUCGAAAAAAUAAAGUUGAUUCUUGGUAGGUACAGUGCGGUGGAAUCUUGAUUGAUUUUUUGUUUACACUUUAAAACAAACGAUUUAAUCGCUUCAAUUUUCUAUAGGUGUAAAUGUGGAAAAUGUUCAGACCAAAACUUGGUUGGCGCACUUGAAUUUAGAUGUUGCCAUGAGAUCACUGAAGCCAUUGGAAAACUUACAUUCGACGGGAGCAUCGAAAAGAUCUCUUGCGUUACAUUGCACGAAGACUUCAAUGCUCUGACAAACGAGACUGUAUUAUCUCAGGUUGGCCCAUUGUUGAGAGACCGAAAAGGAAAAUCGUAUCGAUGUCGGUCAGGGACUCCUUACAAAGAGUAAGUGCUUUUUAAAGUCGAUAUGCAAUUUUGUCUGUUUAUCUGUUUAUUUUAUGUAGUUUUAUAAUACAGUAUGUUUUGACCAUACCAAAGCCCAUUGGGGAUACAUGUCAUCUCUUAGAAGCAUAACAUGUGCAUGCUUUGCUGGUUAUGAUGAUUUGGCUUUCCAAAAUUAUAAAUAUGAAAGAAAUAUACAGUAUACUCACUAUACUGUAUAGUUUUGCAGGCUCAAUGUUUACAUGGCACAAUAGAGUAACUUGCCCUGCUUAUGAACUCGACAAGGCAAUUUACCUGGUUAAUUGUGUCAUGUACAGGAUUAAAAACAGUUGCGUAGCCAGGACCUUAUUUUCGAGGGGCAAAACAAACACACAAGGCAAGAGACCAGGUUGGGGGGGGGGGGGGGGGUUCAUGAGAUCAGGUCGGAGUGAAAUUUUGCAGAAUUCCGAAGAAUCAUCAUCUUGAUUAACGGGAGGAACUAUUCCCCCCCCCAAUAAUAUUUCAACAGAUUUAUACCUUUUGAGAAAUGAUUUUUGUGGUGAUUGGGGAAGGGCGGUCACCACCCCUGGCUGGCUAUGCCACCAUUUAAAACACAUUGCCAAUGUAACUCAGCAAGUACUCCAAGUAGUUUUAGAAUUAAUUUGCCUUUCAUUGAGAAAAUAAAAAAAUACAUACAAAUCAUUAGGGUGGUUUUCUCAAAAUUGGCAGCAUUUAUUCAUUGUGUUUUCACAAUAUUCCAUAUCAAUUUAAAAUUUACAUAAUAUAUUAAUUUCCAUGUUGGUUUUACAGGUAUAUUCGUGCUGUGGCCUAUAGAUGGUUGGCAAGAUGGUUGUUUGGGUAUAUGGGCCCAGAGAAUACUAGGCCAUUACCAGCUUGUAUUUAUGAAAAUAUUAGAGUAAGAUAUAAUGCUGGAGGCCAGACAGGUUAUGUUAACGCUGAAGAACGAAGUUGA